AUGCUGGCUUUGCUUUGUUUUGGACAGAGUGCGCAUUGGGUGGUGCACCAGUGGCGGCUGUACGAGCGCUCGCUGUGCUCGCUCCUCGAGCUGCAGGCGCGCAAGGGCGCCUACUGCUGCUCGCCGCGGUAUGUCCUCGCGCCCGAGUACGGGCCCCACCUGCUGCCGCUGCAGCUGACGACGCAGCGCCACUCGCCGCCGCCCGCCCACUUG